UAGAAAAGCUUUCACGAAUUUUAUUCAUUAAUAAUUCCUUGUGUCCAAAUUAAAUUAUGUGCUUCUCAUACGUAUUAUACAUAUACUUGUUCCGAAGGAAAAGAAUAUGUGCUUAAUUCCUCUAAUUCCUUCUUUUUCCUCAACCACAGGGCUAGCUUUAACAACGAGCUUGUUAUAUAAUGGUGUGACAUGAUUUGUUCGACAAACUCCAACAUUUCUUCCUCUACUCUCUUUUUGUUUUUACUAUUUUUUAAUUUAUUUUUUUUUAGUUUUGAAUUUAGAUCAUGGCUUCAUCUGAUCAAGCUAGCAAAAAAUAUUUCGAGCUGAAACCUGACGUAGCUAGCUUUCAAGACCUCAUUCAUUACCUAUUUUCCGGCGACAUUGAGAGCAAGCGAUUCAUUGAAAGCCUCAGAGCCAAGGAGACAAGUUUAAAGCGUAGAGGGUUCAUUUUUCUAUCUGUUUUGGUGCAAAGGGCGCUUCAAACUGUGGCAAUUCCUUUGUCCACAAUUGGUUCAGUCUUCGAGUUUUGGCUAAACCUUCUUGACUGCAAUGGAAAUUUUUUCCUUUUCUUACUGAAUAUCGUUCGAGGUUGGUCCGAUUAGUUGAUCUCCAUUUAUGAUUACUGUGAUUCAAUUAUAUAUAUGCAGUACGUCCAUUUUCCGCUUAUAUGAGGGUGAGAAAUAAUAAUAUGAUAUUCAUGUUGUAGAUGUAGGAAAAGUGAAGAUGCCAGCCAAAGAAUCAACCAAAUAUUUGUCUUAUCUUGGGCAUUUGGAUCUGAGAUUUGAGUUGGACAAGGGCAUUAAGCCAGGUGACAAGAGAUAUUUUGCAGGGCUAUCCGUAAUGGCCUCUAAACUAGCUUAUGAAAAUAAUGCCUUCUGCAAAGCUGUGGUUGAAGAUCAAUGGAAGAUGGAGUUCUUGGGGACAUAUGACUUCUGGAAUGAGUAUCAAGAGAGGAACUCGACACAAGGGCUAAUCUUCCAUGAUAAAUCUGCUAAUCCAGAUAUGGUCAUUGUGGCCUUCAGAGGAACGGAACUAUUUAAUUCAGAUGAUUGGUGUACUGACUUUGAUCUAUCUUGGACCAAAUUCAAGACCAUGGGAUAUGUUCACAGUGGUUUCAUGAAAGCUCUAGGAUUACAGAAAGAUCAAAGUUGGCCUGAAAAUGUCGACGAAAAACACCAGCUAAACCUAGCGUAUUACAGCAUCAGAGAGAAGCUCAGGAAAAUAUUUCAGCAAAAUUCUCAGACCAGAUUCAUUCUUACUGGUCACAGCUUAGGAGGAGCACUUGCAGUUCUGUUUCCUGCAAUUCUAGCAUUGCAUGAUGAAACUUCCAUAUUGGAAAGGCUUGAAGCAAUUUACACAUUUGGUCAACCAAGAGUUGGAGAUGAGAUCUUUGGGAACUUUGUUAAUGCACAAUUGAAACAGUAUGGUGUGAAAUACUAUAGAUUUGUUUACAACUAUGACAUUGUCUGCAGGCUACCUUAUGAUAGCACCACAUUGAUGUUUAAGCAUUUUGGAACUUGCAUCUACUACAACAGCUUAUACCAAGGAAAGAUUGUUCCAAGAGAACCACACAAAAACUACUUCUCUUUUAGGGCAAUCAUAACUAGGACAGCUGAUUGCCUUUGGGAAUUCCUGAGAGGUUUUCUUCUGCCUCGACUAUAUGGACCGGAAUAUAGAGAAGGCUUGCUUUUGCUAGGGUUAAGAUUGAUUGGUGUAUUGUUGAUGCCUGGUUUACCAGCACACAGCAUCCAUGAAUACAUAAACGCAAUCAGGUUGGGGACUGCUGACUUAUUUUGCUAAAGAUUUCAUGCUUUGUAACUCGGCUAGAUUCGAGUGUGUGGCUUUUCACUUAAAAUUCUAGUGCUCCUAUGACUAGACAGUUGGUUUCUCACAAUUUUGAAUGAUCACAUUGCUGGUUCUUUGGCUGUGUAAAUACUGUAGAUGUGAUUGCAUGAUUAGAUGGCUGUACUGAUCAAUUAAGGAAUGAUUAAUGUUCAUAGACAUCGCAACUAUGCAUUUGACAUGCUUAGAGAGACUAGUUCCUUUAAAGUAAACAAUACCCUUUAUCUCAAUUUUAAAUACAA